UUGUUAUUUCAGCUAUGGUGUUGAUGUGUGACAGCAACGCGAGUGUCUCCACUACACCAACCAUCAACGAAAACGUCACAGUGCAGCUGAACAACCCUGAGAUUGUUAUCAACGACUCCAGUGGUCGCCCUUGUUUCCUGGGCAGCGUCAACCUGACCAUCGUCAUCAACUAUCACAGUGAAACAGACGAGGGCCGCGGUCGUGUUAUCCGGCUGCCUAUGGCCGACGACGUCGUCACUAGAGGUGACUGCGCCGACUGGAACAGCACACCUUUGUUGUCGAUGACGUGGCCAAACGGAACUCUACAGCUCAAUCUGACGUUUCACUUCCACAAAACGUUCGUAGACAACAACAACAAGACGGCCACGGGGAAGUGGUCUCUUAGUAACGUCAGCAUCCACGUCAGCGACUCCUUCUUCCCGCCUGGAACUGUUGGAGUGGACGCUGAGAUGUCUAUGAAGCACAACGUGACGCUGUUCGUGACACGUAUUACAGUCCCAACAAGAGUGAUGACUAGCAUGUCUAAGAAGGCCGGUGCGGCUGUUUAG